AUGCCUCCUGAUGACCCUCUGCAAACUCAGCCUCUGGGUAAAACUUUAUGUCCCGCAGUAGAUGAGCGAGGCCCUGGGCAGAAGACCUGCAGCCAAGGUGGUUUAAAAAAAAAAGCGUCCCGGCCCGCGGCGAAGGCUGAGGGCUGGGAGGGGGUGGCGCGCGCCUCCAGCCUGCCCCUGGAGGCAGUUCGCGGGACCGCAGGCUGGAGGCGCGCCGGCGUGAUUCCGACCGCGGGAGCCGGGAGGAGGAGCCGGAGGUGGCUGCGGGGGGCUCUGGCCCAGGCGAAGGAAGGGCAAGGGGCGGUUCGGGCCGGGGACUGCGGACUUAACGCCCAGCGCGGGGAGUGUCUCAAGCCCAGUGAUAGGCGGGAAGGGACCGGAGGGAGCCACAAGUCUGCACCCAGGCGGGGAGGAAGCGGGCGGGAGCCGCUCCGCAGGCGCAGGGCGCAGAGAGCGAGGCAGAGGGCAGGGGACUGCAGUACGGUCCCCGAAGCGGGACGCGAACCGGCAGAGUUGAGAGAAGAGCCUCUGCGCCCGGGAGCUGAGCAUGCUGCCCCCGCGUGCAGCGCCCGCGUGCACCCAGCCCGGAGAGGGGGCGACAGGGCGGAGGCGGUGGCCCCCGGAAGGUGUCUGGGACCGGACCGGCUGCACGUGAGCCCAGCGCGGAGUCAUGUGCACCGGCUCAGCCCGGUUCGGCGGCCGGACGUGCUGCGUAUCAACAAAAUGAAACUCAGGGCGACAGGAGGGCAGAUAGCUCCGGGUCCUCCGAACCCCAGUCUUCCGCAGAACGACCUCCCCUCCGCUGCGGUCUCCCGCCGCAGCCCCUCCGCGCGGCCGGAGCCCGCGGGGCAAGUUGCAGCCCUGGCGCGCCCCCGCCCGCCCGCGCCCCCUCACCGGCCCGGGGGCGCUUUGCCGCAGUCAUUAAUAAAGAAGGUCGCCAAGCUCACCCUUCCAAAAGUUGUUGUUGCAUGCGCCCCUCUCAGCCUCCCCGCAAUGUACUCUUUAAAACACGACUGA